UGCAAUGCUAUGAAAGCAGGGUUCAACCCGACAUGAAAAUAUUAGAACCAGACGUCUGCUCCUGGAAUCCAAGUCUCUGUGUCUCUGUUGUGGAAACCCUAACCCUAGUUUCUGGAACUCGGUUGUUUCGAAGACAAUCCGUUUGAAUUAGAGAGCGAUGGAGACUCAGACGAAUCACAAUUUCUUUGACAGACGCCCCAUCACCAAGUCCAAGGCCCCCGCCGUUAAAUGGUUCAGGGAAUGGGUGCCCCAAGACGUUGUAGCAACUGGGGGGAAGUGCUAUCUUCUAAAAUGGGUUACAGAGGCCACAUUGAAGGCCAUGAAAGAGAAAUCUAACGAGCCAGAAGUGGCAGAGCCAGAACCAGAGCCAACUACAGAGGUCCUUUUCCUUUGUAGCUAUGAGGGCUGUGGGAAGACAUUUAUUGAUGCUGGAGCUUUGAGAAAGCACUCGCACAUCCAUGGAGAGAGACAAUAUGUUUGCCACUAUGAAGGGUGUGGAAAGAAAUUUUUGGACAGUUCAAAACUGAAGAGACAUUUUCUUAUUCAUACAGGAGAGAGAGAUUUUGUCUGUCCUCAUGAAGGCUGUGGUAAGGCUUUCUCACUGGAUUUCAACCUAAGGUCACACAUGAAAACGCAUUCACAAGAGAACUAUCACAUCUGCCCGUAUCAAGAUUGUGGUAAGAGAUAUGCGCAUGAGUAUAAAUUGAAGAACCACAUUGCCUCCCAUCAUGAAAAGAACAAUGUGGUGGAUGUGCCGGCGAAGUAUUCCCAACCUCCAGAGAAGGUAUCAAAAACUUCAAAGGCGUCUGCUAGUAGUGCUUAUGGGUCUGCAUCGUCCGACCGACCUUACAGCUGUCCAUACGAAGGGUGUGACAAGGCCUACAUCCAUGAAUACAAGCUGAACCUUCAUCUAAGGAGAGAACAUCCUGGGCAUUUGCUGGAGGACAAUGCCAAGAACCCACAAUCUGCUGCUAUUGACAAUGAUUUGGAUGAAGGCAGUGACCACGAUGCUUACGCCGGAAGAAAACGUGGAAGCAGCAAGGUGCAGAAGCAAAGCAAAUCCAAGGCAAAUCUGAAGCUGCCUCCUACAAAGGUUGCACGUAAGGGUUCAACCGUGUCGCCCGCCAACAUGAAUACUGCUGCUGCAAAAAAGCCAUGGCCGGUCAAAGAAGAGAUAUAUGAAGAAGAUAGCGAAGAAACAGAAGAGGAUCGUGACAAUGUGGAGGAUGGUUGGAGAUAUGCUGAAAAUAACGAGGACGACGAUGAAGAGACCGAGUACGAGGAGGACUAGCUAGGAAGGAUUGCAAAGAGUACCCCACCCCACCCCAUCCCACCCCAGUUUGAGCUGAUUUCAUUUUGUACAUGCCUUAAUAUUUGCCGAAAUUGGAAUGCAGCCGUUUGCCAGUACCAAGAUUUUGACUGCUUUGUAGUGUACAUUAUAAGUGUCUCCUGCAUCUGCCGUGUCUCCUGGGCGGGGAUCCUCCUCCGCUCCCAAGUAAAAUAUUAAUUUGAAGUUGACGUACGGUGGGUUCGCAUUGUAUUUGUAGCGUUGAAACUGAAAGCUCCCUCUCUCUUUCUGUGCCUGUGCUGAGAGGAGUUUUAAAUUUUGAAGUUUUCCUUUCCUGAGUUUUAGUUA